AUGGCUAAUACUGCUCAUGUAUUUACUGUGAUCACAAUUCUAUGUUUACCAAUGAUAACAAUUGGAUCGCUUGUUUUGUUAUUAGCUGCAUUAAAUGCAUCUAUGGGUGUUAGAAAAGUUUAUGUUAAAAUAUUAGCAUUCACAUUUGAUUAUGCCACAAGAAUUAAACGAAAUAAAGAAAUUGAUCUAGAAGCGUCUACAACGGUAGUCGACGAUCCGCCUGAUAAAGAACAUUUAGUGGAACCAAUCACUGAACAAUCUAGAGAAGACGUGCUUGUUGAUCCAGAAACAUCAAUGGUCACCUCAUUAACAGUAUCAAAUUCACCAUCAAUACAAGAGACUGAUACCAUGCAUCACCAAGAAUCAAACGAAUUAAGAUGGAGACGGCCACAAAAGGUAACAACAGAUGAAACCGAUUUAGAUAAAUCAACGGGAAGUAAUGGACAAGGUGUUCAAUUCAAAUUUGAUGAUAUAGUGGAUUAUACUCGUCAAGGUUUAGAAGCGAUUGUUGAUGAUGAAGUAACAAAACGCUUUACAUCGGCUGAAGAAAUGGCUGUAUGGAACUUGUUAACUCGUACUCAACAAUCACAUGAAUUAUUUUCAUUACGUGUAUCACUAUUAUGGUUUCUUGGAUUUAUUGUUCGUUAUUUUAUUUUAUUUCCAUUUCGUCUAUGUCUCUUUUGUUUGGCCAUUUGUUGGAUGAUGGCUUCGGCAUUAUUUCUCAGAUAUUUUACUAAUAAGACAACAAAACUACGUAUUGGAUUCUACGUUAACUUGGUUUUACAUCGAAUUCUUUCACGAGUAUUUUCAGCUAUUAUCACAUUUCAUAAUUUGGAAAAUCGAGCGAAGCGUGGUUCCAUUUGUGUAGCCAACCAUACAAGUCCUAUUGAUGUUAUUAUAUUGUCAACGGAUAAUGGAUUUUCAAUGAUUGGUCAACAACAUGGAGGAUUUUUUGGUCUCGUACAACGGACACUAUCACAUACAGCUAAACAUAUUUGGUUUGAACGAGCAGAAGCCAAAGAUCGACACAUGGUAACAGAAAAAAUGACAGAACACGUAUCAAAUAAAGAAAAUUUACCAAUAUUAAUAUUUCCAGAAGGUACAUGUGUCAAUAACACGAGCGUAAUGAUGUUUAAAAAAGGUUGUUUUGAGAUUACCGAAGCUCCGAUUUAUCCUGUUGCUAUUAAAUAUGAUAAUCGUUUUGGUGAUGCAUUUUGGAAUUCAACGAAACAUGAGUUAUUUCAAUAUUUAAUAUUAAUGAUGACAUCUUGGGCGAUUGUAGUCGAUGUUUAUUAUUUGAAACCAAUGCAAAUUCAACAAGAUGAAACAUCAAUUGAUUUUGCGAGAAGGGUAAAAGCAGCUAUUGCUAAACAAGGUGGAUUUGUUGAUUUGGAUUGGGAUGGUGGAUUGAAACGGACAAAGCCCAAAGCUGAUUUCAAAGCGGAAGAACAACGAAAAUUUUACGAAAUGUUAAAAACAGAAUAA